UCCAGCCAUUCCUCCGCUUCCGCGGCCGCAGCGUCCUAGCGUUGCAGUUUCAGACCGACUGAACGCAUUCGCAGCACCUUACACUCACCCUCUCCACGAACCAUGCUGCGCCGCGCCCUCGCGUCGCGCCAGACCCUCCUGCGCCACAGGGUGCUCUCGACGCGCACGGAGACCGACUCCUUCGGGCCGUUGGAAGUGCCCUCAGAUAAAUACUACGGCGCGCAAACCGCAAGGUCCAUGAUCAACUUCCCCAUCGGCGGGCCCGAGGCGCGCAUGCCUUUGGCGCUGAUCCACGCGUUCGGCGUGCUCAAAAAAUGCAGUGCAUUAUACAACAAGCGCACGGGCCGACUGGAUGAGAAAAUCGCCGACGCCAUCGCGGCAGCCGCCGAUGAAGUCGCUUCAGGUAAGUUGGAUGACCACUUCCCGCUAGUGGUCUAUCAGACUGGUUCGGGAACUCAAACGAACAUGAAUUGUAACGAGGUCAUCGCGAACCGCGCCAUCGAAUUGCUGGGUGGUGUCAUCGGCUCCAAGGAACCGGUGCACCCGAACGACCACGUGAACAUGGGUCAGAGUAGUAACGAUUCGUUCCCGACCGCGAUGCACAUUUCGGCCGUGACGGAGUUGGAAAAUCGUUUAUUACCUUCCUUGGAGCAUCUACGGAAGGCCUUAGCUCAGAAGUCGGACGAGUUCUCGUCCAUCAUCAAGAUAGGACGCACGCACUGCCAGGACGCGACGCCCGUGACCUUAGGCCAAGUAUUUUCUGGGUAUGAGGCCCAAGUUGCCGAUAGUAUCGAAAGGGUCAAGGGCGCCCUACCUCGCCUAAGGAAGCUUGCCUUGGGCGGCACGGCCGUCGGUACUGGUUUGAACACGAAGGCUGGCUACGACGUCGCGAUCGCCGCCGACAUUGCCAAUGAGACCGGUUUAGCCUUCGAGACGGCGCCGAACAAGUUCGCUGCUUUAGCCGCACAUGACGCCAUCGUCGAGGCCUGCGGGCAGUUAGCAGCUACGGCUUGUGCUCUCAAUAAAAUUGCAAAUGACUUAAGGCUGCUCGGAAGCGGCCCACGAAGCGGUUUAGGUGAAAUUGCAUUACCGGAGAACGAACCUGGAAGUUCGAUCAUGCCGGGCAAGGUGAAUCCGACGCAGUGCGAGGCCGUGACCAUGGUCGCGGCGCGCGUGGUCGGCGAUUGUGCGACGGCCCAAUUCGGCGGCGCGCAGGGCCACUUCGAGCUCAACGUCUUCAAGCCCGUCAUGGCCAUGGCCUUACUGUCGUCGACGCGCUUGCUGGCGGACUGCUCGGUCGCCUUCACGGACAAAUGCGUGUCUGGAAUCGUCGCGAACGAGGGCCGCAUCGGCGACCUCAUGGCGUCCAGUCUGAUGCUCGUGACGGCGCUGAACCCGCAUAUCGGGUACGACAACGCGACCAAGGUCGCGAAGAAGGCGCACAAGGACGGCACGUCCUUGAUCGAGGCGGGCGAGGCCUUGGGGCUCUUCACGGCGCAGCAGUUCGGGGAGUGGGUGCGGCCCGAGCGCAUGAUCGCGCCCGAGCCCUAGUUGAUUUCUCCGGGGCGUAAAGAUAUGAACCUCUU